AUGGGCUGGGGCUCCGGCGUGAAAGCUCUCCUUCUCUUUGUGCAGGCAUCGGGAGUAUCGGUGGCGGACGAGUGCCUUCUGGCGUUUGACGAGGUACAGAUGGGCCACCGCUGGCUCUACAUCAUCUACCGCAUCAGCGACGACCUCAAGACUAUCAUCGUGGAGGAAAAGGCUGGCCACAGUAAGGGCGGUGUGCGCACUGUGCAUGAUGCGACUUUUAAGUGUUGUCAAUAUUUUUUUUUCUCUUUAACCUACAUUAUCUUUCCUUUAGACUUGCACCGUCCAUCUUUAACCUACAUUAUCUUUCCUUUAAAAACGCACCGUCCCUCCAGGAGUCCGGACCGUGCCACCAUCAAGCAGAAGAUGCUGUACACGACCAGCAAGAAGGCUCUGAGAAACAAGAUGCGAGGCAUCCACGCCGAGAUACAAUGCACGGACGACACGGACCUCACCAUGGCCAACAUCUUGGAGCGGAUCUGCAGCAAAUACACGUGACAUCCGAGCAACGCCCGCCGCCUAUUCCCAACUUACUUUCCAUAACUUGUUUUGUCGAAGCUUCGUUGCGUUGCUUCCAUAGACUUGAUUUAUGAUGUAUCUUAGGCCGGACACUGUCAUGGAAUAAUGAUAAUAUCUUUGACCGGAUACUGUCAUGGAAUUAUAAUAUGAUCUUUGACCUGACACUGUCAUGGAAUUAUAGUAUGUAUGAUCUUAGACCUGACACUGUCAUGGAAUUAUGAUCUUAGACCGGACACUGUGUGGAAUUAUAAUAUGUAUGAUCUUAGACCGGACACUGUCAUGGAAUUAUAUUAUGUAUGAUCUUAGACCGGACACUGUCAAAGAAUUAUAAUAUGAUCUUAGACCGGACGAUUUCAUGGAAUUAUGAUAAUAUCUUAGACCGAACACAUUCAUGGCUGCCGUUCUUUGUAGUCUAUACAUAUUUUGCAGCGUUACUGCGCUAUAUGGCUGGGCAAAUGAAGGGCAAAACAUCAGCCUCGAUUAAGUCGAGAGCUUGUAAAAACUUUUCCCUCUUUGAAACUCAUUUCGUUCCAAAAAGAGUCAAAUGGCGCGCUCAAUAGAAACCGGAAUUACGUUACAGUGGACAGUCUUGUGUAUAGCAUAAUACAAGUCUAUGGUUGCUUCCAAUCAUCGAUAUUAGUUGGCGCCUCUUUUGGUGCUGUCAGAUACGUUCUACGAGAUAAUUCUUGGAACUAUCUGACAACAAAUCAUUAAGCUUUUCCAAGAAAUCAUGCUUUAUCCUUGUAUGUCUUGGAUACGAUCACGAAACGUCCGUCUUGUGAGUUUUCUGGAUACAACCAUGUGAUGAAGGGAAAAGCUUCAAAUCCCACGCCCCCUCCCUCUCUCCCCCUCUUCCCAUAGCCCACCCACCCCACCUCCUUUUUUUCAUGCUAUCUCAAUGCAAACCAGCGAAAUAAGAUCAUUCAAAACUUCAUUUUCUCGCUGAUGAGCCUUAUGAAUUUGUCAUUUUCCUGAUGACUAAAAAGUAUGCCUCACAUUGUAGAGUUUUGAAACCCUGGGGUACUGUAGAGAUGAAAAUGCAUGAAUGUAGACUGGUAGGUUAUUGUUCUUGUACAUUGUUCCUAGUUGUUUUGUUGAACCGUUUUGACGACAAUCAGUGUUAUCUUCUCUCGUGAAAUGCCCCAUCUCCACAAGGAAGAUGCAUCACCAUUUAUCAUGUACAUAAUGUCUUUAAUUAAUUUAUUCAUGCCUACUCUAGCUAAAGCUUGACUUUCAGUGAGCACUUGUUGAAAGUAGCUUAAAGUAAAAGUUGCAUUUUAGAUCAUGUAUGUCAUGUACUUUGAGAUAAGAUUCUGCAGGUUAACGAGUAUUUAGGUGACACACCCCUCCCUUUUUUACAUCUUUGUUAGUAAGAAAAAAAUGAAGUGUCUUCUUUUUUUUGUUUUUAGUAACUCAUUAGAGGCAAACUAAGUACAUUGUUGGGAACUAACACCCCUACAACAUUGUAAGCUUAUUUAAAAGGCGAGACUUCCAAUAUAUAUAACGUCCAGCUCUGACAGGACAGAGCCAAGUGGGAAAAUUAGUGGAAAAUGCCUUUUUCGAGGACACAACAUUGGACCGAGUUGAGUUUUGAAACCCCGAGUCCACAAUUUAUUUUGGUGUCGGGUAUUACGCUUUAAGAAAAUAAAAUACAUUUGAAUAUAAGAAGUUUAAGGUCCCUGUAACAUAAUAAUUUUUUUAAUCAACAUCUAGACGUGAUGUUAUUUCUGGUGGUACUUUCUUUGAAAUCUUGCAAUUUGUUUCCACAUCCCAGGUUAGGCAAUAAAUUCUAAAUAAAUUGAGAUUAAUAAAAAAUGAAUAAACGAAUAACGAA